AUGAAGCCGGCGGAGCAGGCGGAUUCUGAUGCGGCUGUGAAUGCAGAGCGUGCCAGCAGCUCAGCUAAGCCCGCCCAACAACAGUCGAUGGCACUCGCUUCAAGCUCUUCAGCUCUCAGGGCAAUGCAGCUCGAAUGUAGAGCUAAUCCUUACUCUUCAGCUGCCAGUGCGCCUUUAUUUGAGCGUCGCAGCAGCGAUGCAGUGCCCAAGCGCUACUCAAAUCCAUCGCCGCCCAGAAAUUCGCUGGCAGCGCAGUAUGCAGAGAAGCGCGCCCGCUCGUCGUCAGCGUUGUCGUUAUCGCUGCCGUCUCUGAGAGCAGCAAAGUCAAACAGAACGUGCUAUACACUGCCCAUGGAUUUAAAUGUAAAUGAUCCGCGUGGUCAAAAGUAUUGGAGCCUGCGCAACAAGACGCCAGCAAGCUCAAGGCCGCCAGCAGCAGCAGCAACUUACAGCAAUUCGCCAAGCGGUGUGCCAACAUCCCCUCACUGGAAUCCUGCAAGGUUUCAGGCAGGCGUUUGUUAUCCUGCGCAAGUCAAUACUAUGAGCUGCACUAACAACAAGAAGCACGUGGCACGCACCUAUUUGGAGCAUCGUCUAAUGAAGGCGGCUGAAGCAGAGAAGGAGAGAGCGCGUUAUACAAGUACCCAACAGCCCAUGAGCAGCAAUCCGCUGAUGUAUCGCGAGCAGCUCUUCAAUACUUCGAGCAAAGAUGAGCAACAGCCUAAACAGGAUAUGAGCAAAGAGCCAGAAAACUGGGAUGAAGUGGAAAAUGAGCCACCAGUAGUAGCAGCCCAAGAGAGCAGCGAGCAGCCGCUGCCUAAGAUUGCAAAACUUAAAACGCAUCGAAAUUCAAACAAUAGCAAUAAGCAACAGUCGAAGCCGGCUAAAGCAAAUAAUAAGCCCAUAAGGCAGCGAAGACGCUGCUUGCUGCCCAUGAGCAGCGAAGCGCUUUCCUAUAGUGAAAUUAAGUCACAAAUAGAAGCAGCAGAGUCUGCAGCCAAAGCUAAGCCAACUAUGCAGCAGGACAUAAGCAAGGGUAGGUGUGAUCUAGCUAAGAGCAAAGUUAAAUUGCCAGCAGCAACUCCGAAGCGUAAACGAGGUCGACCCAAACCUCGUGCCGAUGGCAAUAAGCUGCAAAGUUUGGCAGAAAUGGAUACAACUGAUGUCAGUGCGCCGAAGCGUUUGUGCGUGCGCAUGGAACUUUGUCAGCAGCUGGAUCAAUUGCUCAAGGAAACAGCAACAACAAGCACAACAGCAGCAGCUGCAGGCCUGGCCAACUGUUUAGAGCAGGAGUAUGACACAACGAACAGCCAAUUGCUGGAGCAGGCGCCAGUUCAGUCAGUUGCACCUUUACCACUGCAGAUUACUAAAGUGGAAUCGCUUGCAGCGUUGCAGUCUAAUGAUGCAACUCCAGAAGAAGCAGAGCAGCUAGCAAAUGUCAAGCAGCAAACAGUGCAAAGCGCAACUCAAGCUACAGGCAAAACAAUUUUUAGCGCAUACAAAAAACUAUGCGACAGAUUGAAACGAAUCUCGCGUGUAUACACAAGGCAACAUCGAUUCGAGACAGUGCACGUUGGACAGGAAGCGGAAACUCAGAAGGAAGCAACUAACUUAGCUGAGAAUGCCACAGUGAGCACUGAAACGCCGAUCGAAAAGCAGAAGAUGCCUCAGCUAAAGCAAGAACAACUCAAGGAUAACAGCGAUACCUACGGCCAGCUCGCUGGACAGAUAAGACAUGCACUAGGCAUUGAGAAAAAGGAAACUGCAGUUGCGCUGGAAACAUGUGAACUGGCAAAGCUUCAAUCCGAGCAGACAACUGAGCGCCAGCGAGCACUAGAUAUUGAAGCUAUCAGCAGCAAAAAGGCGCAGGAAAAGGCAAGGACUAAAGCUGCCACAGAAAAUGUAAGCGCAACUUCUGAACUAGCAACGCAGCAGUUGCCUCAGUGCGAAAUAAUCGAGCUCAGUGACGAGGAGCAACCACUAGACGCAAAGGAAAGAACUGAGACUGAAGCUGCCACAGAAAUUGCUGUAUCGCUGCAGUUGGCUCCAUGCGCAGAGAUAAUCGAGCUCAGUGACGAUGAAGAGACAGCACUAGAAUUCGAAGAGGAAAAGCAAAAGACUGAAGCUGCGGAAUUGUCUCAUUGCGCUGAGAUAAUCGAGCUCAGUGACAAUGAGAAGCUAUCACAAGUUACCAGCGCAGCGGAAACGGAGACUGAACUAACCAUCUCGGUGGCCGGCAAGCAUGUGGUGCGUUGUCCACUCCAUGAUUACGUGCCCAAGGAGCAGCGCUUUGUAUGCGGCGUCACUGAUUGCCAGCAGCAUUUGGCCAGCGAGGAUGCAAUGCGCUUGCAUCUGGUACGUGAGCACAGCUAUGCGCAGAGCUUCAAGUGUCCGCAUUGCAAAAGGCCGCGACGAUCGCAAGUGUCGGCGGAGACGAUAAUGGAGCAUUUGGCCAUGCACAAGCGGCAUCUUUAUCAAUGCGGCGCCUGUGCUUUGUUUCAUCCCCAUCGCAGCCACAUCGAGCAGCAUAUUCGCAAUUAUCAUGUCAAGGAACUUGUGGACAUUGUGAUGCAUAGACGCGACAUGUCCACGGAGCUGCGUCGUUUCGUUGGGCAGACGCGUUGGCUUCAAGUUCCUGCUUUUCGCAUGGAUUGCUGGUGUUGCAACAUCUGCAGCUUCCAAGCACCCGAACGCGACGCGAUGUUGCUGCAUGUGCAGCAGGCGCAUGGCCAUUGCGCCCGCUACAUUUGUCCGUACUGCUGCGAGGGCAGCGACGAAGAUAUGGAGGUAACUGUAUGCCACAUUUUGCGGCAGCAUGCGGGCAAGCGCGUGCAGCCGCUGGAAAGCUUUCAGCAUCGCUCGCACAGCAAAUGGAGUAAGAAAAGUGUUUGCUACUAUUGCCACGCCUGCCGACGUGUAAGUCUCGGCUAUCACUCCAAGCUGGGACACUGUGCGCAGCAUCAGCGCUACAGGUGCGCGCACUGUACUUACGGCGCUGCCACAGAGCUGCCGGUCAAGCAGCAUAUGCGGCUUGCUCAUGCUGCGCUGCUUGGGCUGGCGCUGCAACAGUGUGAGCUGCUGUGCAACGAGCUGCCCCAUUGCUAUAGCUGGCAGCUGGCGCAGCCAAUGCAGCAGCAGUGCUUUGAGCUUUGCUGCGCGCAUUGCGCGUGGAGCAGUGCACUGCUGGAUGAGCUGCGUCAGCAUUGGCGCUCAGCGCAUGCGCAGCUGCCAUUUUACUUUAGCAUUAAGCCGCAGCUCGCUUGCCCCCAAUGCAUUGACUACGAAGACGAUGCGCGCAGCUUAGUGCUGCAACAUUUGCAGCAGCAGCAUGAUGCGCACUAUCUGCUCGUCUGUGAUGCGCGACGUCGGCAGCAGUGCGGCUACUGCGGCUUUAGCUACGCCAAUCUGCUGCAGCUUGCGCAGCACAUUUCGGAUGCAGCGCAUCAGCUGAACGAUGUGAAGCAACUUACCGAUGCCAACUUGCAGCCGCUGCUGCUGCAGCAGCCCAGCGCAUACUUUCAAUGCAACAGCUGCCGCGUCCUUAUGCCCAGCAUUAGCGCCAUGAGCCAACACGGCCUGGAGGAGCACAGCCCGGCUGCCUUCUACUUUCAGCGACUCAGCGCGCAUCUUAUGUACCACUGCUACUCCUGUCAGUUCGCCUCCAGCAACGAACUGGACACACUGCGUCACAUGCUGACGCACUACAAAUCUCAGCGCAUCUGCAGCUACUGCCAUGCGCAGCAGAGCGGCGACUUUGCCGCCUACAUCGAACAUUGCUAUGCCGCACACAGCGCGCAAAUGCUGCAGCUUGCUGCUGUUCAUAUAUUCAGCGAGCUGAGAUCCUUUCUUCAGCAGAUUCUGUAUCACUUCAGCAGCGGUCUGCUCAUCAGCAAAAGCAGCUUGCGCUUCACUCGCUACAAGGAUGAGCGCCUGGUUCGCCAGCUCUUCAGCGAAUUCAUGCGCAAUCGCAGACAAACUUAGAUUGGAAAAUUUUCAAUUUUUAUUGAAGCCAAAUUGCUGACAGCUCAACGCGCUUUUUCGCAUUGGUCUAUAGAGAAACUAUA